AUGCAGGCGCCAGUUGUAUAUUUGAAUACAUCAACUCAGAGACAAACAGGUAGACAAGCUCAAGUGGCUAAUAUUACCGCUGCGAAGGCAGUUGCUGAUAUCAUCAGAACUUGUUUGGGUCCAAAGGCCAUGCUCAAAAUGUUAUUAGAUCCCAUGGGAGGUAUAGUGUUGACUAACGAUGGCCACGCCAUUCUUAGGGAAAUUGAUGUGUCCCAUCCUGCUGCAAAAUCAAUGAUUGAGCUUUCCAGAACCCAGGAUGAGGAAGUCGGAGAUGGUACCACCACAGUCAUUAUCUUGGCAGGAGAAAUAUUGGCUCAGACUUUCCCUUAUAUCGAAAAGAAUAUCCAUCCAGUUAUCAUCAUCCAAGCUUUAAAGCAAGCUUUAAAAGAUGCAUUGGAGGUUAUACACGAGGUAUCUAGACCAGUUGAUAUAAAUAACGACAAGGCGAUGAUUCAGUUGAUUAAAGCAUCCAUUGGUACCAAAUAUAUAAACAAAUGGGCAGAAAAGAUGUGCGAAUUGAGUUUGCAAGCUGUCAGAACUGUCAUGGUCCAAAAGGGAGAUUACAAAGAAAUUGACGUGAAAAGAUAUGUGAGAAUCGAGAAAAUUCCUGGAGGAGAAGUCACCGACUCAGAAGUACUUGAUGGUAUUUUGUUGAAUAAAGACGUGGUUCAUCCGAAAAUGAAAAGAAACAUUGAGAAUCCUAGGAUUAUAUUAUUAGACUGUCCAUUGGAGUACAAGAAGGGAGAAUCGCAAACAAAUAUAGAAAUCACUAAGGAGGAUGAUUGGAAUAGGAUUUUACAAAUCGAGGAGGAGCAAGUUAAGUUGUUGUGUGAUCAACUAUUAGAAUUCAAACCCGACUUGGUUAUAACAGAAAAAGGUGUCAGUGAUUUGGCUCAACAUUAUCUUUUGAAAGGCGGUGUUUCUGCAUUGAGAAGAGUGAAAAAGUCCGACAACAACAGAAUCGCCAGAGCAACUGGCGCGACAAUUGUAAACAGAGUUGAGGACUUAAAAGAGUCUGAUGUUGGAACCAAAUGUGGGGAGUUUAAGGUUGAAUUGAUUGGCGAUGAAUAUUUUGCUUUCCUUGACAAAUGUAAAAAGCCACAAGCUUGCACUGUCAUAUUGAGAGGGGCAUCAAAGGAUAUUUUAAAUGAAAUAGAAAGGAAUUUACACGACGCAAUGGCAGUUACGAGAAAUGUUAUGUUUGAACCUUCAUUGAGUCCCGGAGGCGGUGCUACUGAAAUGGCCUGUAGUGUGAGAUUAUCUGAAAAGGCCAAAACUAUCGAAGGGGUUGAGCAAUAUCCAUAUCAAGCUGUAGCUGAUGCCUUUGAAGUUAUACCUAGAACACUUAUUCAAAACUGUGGGGGAAAUCCGAUCAAAGUGUUAUCCCAAUUGAGAGCCAAGCAAGCACUGGGAAACUACACUUUUGGAAUAGACGGAGAAAAUGGUAAAGUCGUAGACAUGACUGACUAUGGAAUUUGGGAGCCAGAGGUUAUCAAACAACAAUCGAUCAAAACUGCAAUCGAGAGUGCUUGUUUGCUAUUGAGAGUGGAUGAUAUUGUUAGUGGAGUACGUCAAACACAAGGUUGA